AUGGCGAAAACACCUAAAUUGAAGUCCAAUGGAAGAUCAAAAUCAGUACAUUCCCGAGCAGCGAGACGAGAGGUUUCGCCAUCUGUAAACGUUGACAAGUCAUUGACUUCGCUUCCCCGGGCAGAGAGGACUAGCACCUCGGUUCCAGCCGUCCUUGGAACUCAGCAUAACUCUGGGGUGUCAAAGAAGAGCAAGAAACCAAAAUCAAGAGCCCAACGACUCCGGCAGGAAAAGGGCUUGGAACGAGCAGAGGUAGUCCUUGAUAAAAGAGAAAAAAAAGUUACCAAGAGCGUUCGCAAGUUUUCUAGCGUCAAAGCCCGAAAGGCAACAUGGGAUGAAUUGAACAAGAAGAUAAAUCGUGCGCCAGAAAAAGGAAAAGAAGAGACUAAGGAUGUAGAUAUUGAUGACAUGGACGAAAUGGAGGCCGAGACAACGCUUCCUGCGCCUCAGGCCUCGAUACAUAUCCCAACGGAGACAGCGGAGCAAACUGCGCUCGAGCUCGACGAAGACAUCACCUAA